AUGCCACGAAAAGCCCAAUCUAGACGCAGGAACUGCUGCAAGUCCGGCCUAUCCGACACGGCCUGUAGGGAUGUUGACUCGGCCCGGCUGUGGCUCCCUUCGCAGAUGGCGGCCAUGGCUGCAGUGAAAAGCUUGCAUUUGUGGUCGGAUCCUUCAAUCCCACUUGGUCAUGCCCUUACUUCCGCCUCUCUUUCGACAGCUCCAGAUGGUGCUUGUGUCAUCUGCAGUGCUUGGGAUCAUAAACCCGGCUGCCUCAUCGCGAAGACCGUCGCCAGAUCAACAUCGUCUUCCAACUCAGAUCAAGGUGCAAUCCGUCUCGGAGUCGACAGGCAAAUCUUCGAGCCCAGGCCCCAAGGCCAUCUGUUGUCAGUGACGUCAGAUUUUGAGAUGUCGCUGACACCUAUAUGUAGGCUCUUUCUCGCGACAACCACCUUCUCAGGCCCAGUAAUGAAUCCAUCUCAGCUGUACUGCAUUAUGAGAUGCCGUCGUACUACGCAUCGACGCUUCUUGCUGCACCAUGAAAGAUUUAAUGCUUCAACUCCACUUCGCAGGCUCACCAUCGUCGGUGGCAUCCCGAUCAUUCAAUGCCUUGUCUUGUCGAAAGAAAAGGACAAGAAGCACGAGCACCGACAACGAUUAAGAUUUGAGGAAGAAGACAGGACCUCGAGCGGUCGUUGCAGCAAGAAAUUCUAUAUCGAGAGUAUUUUUUUUUCAGUCGUGAGAAUUCCAACAGGGCACCAGUACGGCUACUGGCCCUUUCCCGAGAGUUACCAAGCUCAGCAUAGCGUGCCAAUAUUCGUUUGCAUCCGAUCCGACUUGGGCGGCUUUCGCCGUUUGUUCCUCAAACGUUUCUCGGCACCAAUAAUGCUUCUUUCCACUAAGAAGCAAAGCAAUGAGCUGAAGUUUGAGCUGCCAUUGAUUUUGCUUCAUGUCGGACGUGAGACGGCACAAGCGGCUCAGUGUGCCGCUGCUAAACAACCUCACUUUUUUUCGAUGUCGAAAGCUUGUGUAAUCAAGCAAAGAGAUCUCAUUUACUAUAACAGGCGAUUUGCGUCCAAGAUAUUUUGUUUCUUGUUUCUUUCUGCCCGAGGGACUCCAGGCAACGUCCUGGUAGUGGUAUCAUUCCACAACGAAAUUCUCCGGGCGUGCUUUGGCCCAGCUUGUCGAUGUUACCAAAGCGGAGAUGUUGCUAACGAUGAAGUGAAAGACUCCUCUCGGCCUCAUCUAGCUGUCACCUUCCAAAGACGAAGCCCGGUGUUGGAAUUCUUGGAUCAUCAAUGCUCAGGCAAUGUCUGCGCUUCCUUUAUCCGAUCCCGAGGAUUCAGAUGUGUAAAAGCGAUGCCCAAGAGUUCAUCAUCUUUCUUGAUCGCGUUAACGGUCAAUCGGCGUCCGGCAAACUCUGUACUCAGUGUUGCCGUGAAGACACAAUGGGCCGGGAAAGUACGUCCACUUGGUACAAUUCUGCCUGGUAUACAACGCGGAAAAUGUGCUGUGAUGGGUGAAGUGAGCCACCCAUCUCCCGCGUUCCCGUGA